CCCAAGGAAUCCCAAGAAGCCCCCACCGAACCGUACACCCCUCAGCGGGCGCAAGUUCUGUUUAACUCAUUUGCCGAUGAAGACGACAGCGAUGUGAUUGGACCAGGGGGACUGGAAAAAUUAUGUACGGAGGCUGACAUACCGCUUGAUGGUGCACAGCCCCUUAUCCUUGCGUGGCAGCUAAAGGGUAGCGAAAUGGCCAAGUUCACCAGGGUAGAAUGGUCGCAUGGA